AUGGUGAUAGAUGCUGGAGGUGGUACAAUAGAUAUCACAGCUCACAUUGAAGUUGAUGAUAGUAUUGUAGUUGAGAAUAUACCAACUGGCAAUGCAUGGGGUGGUACCCAGGUCAAUGAAGCUUUUUCUAAAAUUCUUGAAGGUAUAGUUAAUGAUCCUGGAUUUGAAAAGUUUUUAGCUUCUGGAGACCAAUCUCAAAAUAUGGCAGAUAUUAUUAAAAUCUUUUACACCGAAUUUGAAGGUGAGAAAUCACUUUUUGGAAAGGAACAAACAGAAGAAAUUCGUAUUUCAUUACCAAGUCGUUUUGUUAGGUUUUACGAUAAGGCUCUUGAGGCUGGUGUCAAAAGGAAAAGCGGUAUCGAUUAUGAAGAUGAUGUGCUGUUUAUUUCUAAGGAAGUAGUGGAGUCUGAGUUGUUUGGUCCAGCACUUAAUGGUAUAAUAGAGUGCACUUUGGAAGCUAUCAAAGCAAAUGAUAAUGAUCUUAGCACCUUUUAUUUGGUUGGUGGGUUUGGAGGGUGUAAGUAUGUUCAUAAAAAGGUCAAAGCUGCUGUAGAAAAAAUCUUUCAUGGCCAGGGUCGUUCUUGUAAUGUGAUAGUACCCCCUACUCCUCAAUUAGCUGUUGCUCAAGGUGCAGUGAUGUGGCGUAAGAAUCCAGAGAAGAUUAAAGCAAGACGCUCUGAUGCUACUUAUGGGAUAGGAGUAUCUUUACCAUUUAAAGAUGAUGAGCAUGAUGAGCAUUACAAGUUUUAUAAUGAAGAGCAAGAAGAAUACAGAUGCACUGAUAUUUUCAGUGUGUUUUUAGAGAAAGGAGAGCUAGUGCAAACAGAUCAAGUUAUCACAAUAAGUUUGACACCACUUCAUCAAUCAGAUGAACAAAUUACCAUUGGCAUCUAUUCUACUCCUAAUCUUGGAGUUCGAUACACAAAAAAUACAGAUGGUAAAAGCACAGUCAUAAAAAUCGGUCAAUUAGUCAUCGAUAUUCCUAAUCCUGAUGAUGUACCAAGGAAUGAGCGUCACGUCGACAUCACUAUGGAUUUCAGUGGUACCGAGAUACAAGCUAAAGCAAAGUAUCGUAUUACUGGAGAAGAAGUUAAAACUGUUUGUGACUUCCUUUCUGCCCAAAAAAUUUAG